ACAUGUCUAUGUUUCAUUGCGUUUUGAGUUUGGUCUUCCUUGCCUUGUGACCUAGUUUUCCAGAGUUGUCUGAUUAGUUAUCCUGUCCACCUGGUGUCUGUUAGUUCAUUAAGUUCCAUUGUUUACCUUGUGUAUUUAAGCCCUGUGUUAUCUCCUCCUCUUUGUCUGUCUUUGUGAGGUUGUUAUAAGUACUUCUUGAGUAUAUGUAAUUAAAGUUGUUCCUUGACGUAUUCCUCAUCAUGCAAGUUACUACUACCAUUACAUGACAGAAAGAAUGACCAAGACCGCGCAAAUACCUGCUGUACAGCUGCUUUGCCUGGAGCAGGGGCAGCAAUCCACAAGUGGAUUUCUCGAUCUGGCGUGUCUCAAAACCUUUUCAGAUUGUUCGCUGUGCACCUUCUUCCUGUCCAGCCUGAACAUAGAGACUAAGCUCCAUGGGGAAGAACUCACCAGCCCUUCUCCAACUCCAGCACCACCAGAGACCAACCAUCUAUACCUGACUGUGACCGACAUAGAGUUACCUGUGCCCACUGCAGACCGUGAAGACUGGCCUGCAGUGAUGGAUGAGCCCAAGCCUGUAAUAAGGGCAGGGUAUGACAUCACCCCGGAGCUUAAGCCACAAGCAUUGUCUGACCAGGUGCAUGAGCCGACAACAUCGUAUGUCGCAGAGGGUGUGUUAGUGAAGUUUGAUGGUUUGGAAGAUUGCCCCGCCCACACUCCCAUUGCCGUGUGGGAUUCUGAGAUAGUCUACAGAUUGUAUAGUGUCUUUGCUGGUUCCAUCCACCCCAGAAUCUCCUACGUCCCUGCUGGUUCCACCCAGCUCCUGUUCUCCUGUGUUCCCUCCCAGCCUUCUUCUCCCACCUCCUCAAUCAGCCAGUUCCACAAGCCCGUCUCCAUCUUGCACAUGCUAUGAGGACCUGCCCAGUUCAAGCCACUAGCUCUAUCUAGCACAGAGGAUCCCCUGGUUCCUUCCCUGUGUGCACUUUUGUCUCUGUCUGGCUCCACAUUUGUCCUCAUUCCCACUGGUUCAGCCUCUAUCCUCUGGUUCCCAGGUUCCACCUUGGACGCUCGUCGCCGCAGCUCCACCAUGGUCUCCAGGACCAUCAACAUUGCGUGGGCUCAUCAGCUCCACCUGGAUGUCCAUCAUUGGUGUCUGCAUCUUCAUUGGUCUUCCCCAGGGUGUCAUCUCCAAUCAAGUCGUCUCCACCAUGGCUCCUCACACCUUCGACUCUGCCCUGGGCCUUCUUCCUGGUUGGUCUCUGGACCAACACCUGGCUCCUCCUGCUCCUUGUUCCCCACUGGCUCCUCCCACCAUCUGCUUCUCCUUGGACUGUAUUUUCUGCCCUGGAAUCUUUUUCCUUUUCCUUUACCCUGCGCCCUCCUCCAGAGCCCUCGAUCAUACAAAAGGAAGCAUAGCUACAUAUUAGUUUUAGAGGGGGUUUUGGACAUUUUGACCAGCUUGGCUAGACUGUGAGACUAGAUAAAGCCAGUUUUUUUUUCUUAGACUACCAAAAAAAAAAAAAAAAAAAAAAAAAAACUAUUUAUUUUGGUAUUAAUUCAGGAAAGAAAAUGAUUACCCCGGACAUAAAAUUGCAAUGAAGGAUGUGUUUGAAAUCACCCCAUGCCCGAUCUGACCCCAAAUAACUUUGUAGAUUUGUUUCAGCUGCGCUGUCAGUCCAAACUAUUGUGUUACUGAAUGCAUGCCAUCAAGAGCUGUAAUGUAAUUCAGAAUGGGAAUCAUCAUUCAAAACGACCCUGUGGCCAUCGAUAAAAAGGCCUGAUAAGUCACGCUUCCUGUGUAUUCCCUGCCCAAAUCUGCUCUUCCUGAAGCGAGUUCAGCUAAUGCUGAAAAUCACUCUGUGAUCUGUACGACACUUUAAAAUGCACUAGAGCAGCUCUUCUCUCAACAUCAUUAAUAUUCUUUAUUGCAUUGCACAGUUUAUAAUCUCUGUUGAUCAGGAGAUCUCAUCUUAAUCAUAUAAACCCUUUAGUGGAUGGGGAAUAUUAUGUAUUAAUGAGCUAUCAAGAUCCACAAAGCCCAUGCAACCUGAAUAUCAAUACCCCUUGAAUACUGCAUCAGAAAAUAAUUGAUUUACCCACGUUCAGCACAAGAAGAGUCAACACAGUGUGGAGUGCAUCUUUAUUUCACGGUGCAGAGGUUGUAGUUAACCGGAGCAUGGACAGUUAAAUGCCUCUGUCUAUGAGUCAUUAGUGGCUGCAGAGUGACUCCAAGUAGACGAGUCCCCAAAGAGCUCGGCCCAGGAGACGCUGAGACAUCACAGAGCUGGAGGUCGGCAUGGUAAUGCUUAGCCUUGAACUCUGAGAGAGGUCCAAGAGAAGUGGUUACUUUCUUUGAAUUAAAAAAAGCCUUUAGAGACUGGCUGCAAGUCUGAGACCAUAUUUGCCCACAUACAGUACUUGUUGAAGUUUGAGUAUACUAUUAACUUAACAGGGAUUAUGGGCUAGAGACCUGUUGCAAUAUUAAUGUUUUUUUUUUUCCUCUACCCAAACUGCAACUGAGAGCAUGCUAUUAAACAUCAAGACUGCGUAUAUUUGAUGGAAAAUACAGAAAAAAAAACAGUAAUAUUUUGAAAUAUUACUACAAUUUAAAACAGCUUUUUUAUAUUAGUAUAUUUUUAAAUGGAGUUUAAUGCUGUGACAGUACAGCAGCCAUUAUCCCAGUCUUCAGGGUCACAUGAUCCUUCAAAAAUAAUUCUA